GCCGAUUAAGAAGCCAAGUCUCUCUCUUUCUUUGCAAAUUUCUGACCCCGAAAAGGAAGACAUGGCGGCGGAAGCAUCUUUACAAAAUCCCCUGGAACUCGGGACUAAAAUCGUCGCCGUUGGCCGCAACUAUGUCGAGCACGCCAAAGAACUAGGAAACGCUGUCCCCAAGGAGCCGGUAUUGUUUUUAAAGCCGACAUCGUCGUAUUUGGAAAACGGAGGGACAAUUGAGGUUCCACACCCAUUGAAUUCUUUACAUCAUGAAGUUGAGCUUGCUGUUGUGAUCGGACAAAAGGCUCGGGAUGUGCAUAUAAGCACUGCCAUGGAUUAUGCUGGGGGCUAUGCUUUAGCACUGGAUAUGACUGCAAGGGAAAUCCAAUCUGUUGCAAAGUCUGCAGGUCUUCCAUGGACAGUUGCUAAAGGGCAGGACACCUUUACACCUAUCAGUUCUGUUUUUCCUAAAUCUAUGGUGCCUGAUCCUGACAAUUUGGAACUGUGGUUAAAGGUAGACGGAGAAAUACGACAGAAGGGUUCCACCAAGGAUAUGAUUUUUAAGAUUCCUUACCUCAUUAGCUACAUAAGUUCCAUUAUGACACUUUUUGAAGGAGAUAUCAUAUUAACAGGCACCCCACAAGGUGUUGGCCCUGUAAUGGUAGGACAAAAGAUAACUGCUGGGAUAACAGGCCUUGUGGAUGUUCGCUUUGAUGUUGGAAGACGCCAAAAGCCUGAAAGCGCUUGAGCAGGGUAUGAAUGGCUUAUUCUACCAUUGGAGUUAACCAAAGCACCUGAGCAGCUAAAAGGAAAACGUAAACAUAACCAUUUCCAAAGGACAACCCUGAGGAUCAUUCUACGGGUAGGCACUUGAUAAUAGUACUAUGAUUCUUGUGUUUAUGAACCUGUCUUUCAGUGAAUUAUACGGAAAUCGACUCAAAACUAAUGUUGUUAGCUUUUCGAACUUUCUAAAUGUAAUGGUUUGUGUCAGUCAAAUAAAAUUUUAUGUGAGAUUUCAUAACAGUCGCUUGAAGUGCAGCUUCAAACCAG